AUGGCAACGUGGAAGACCAUGAAAACAGUCACAGAACAAGACUACUAUGACGAGAAGGGAAACUUGGAAUUCUCAUCUGGCAGAGACCACGAUCGAUUUGACCCCAAAAACGUCAAUGGUGGCUACACACGUAUUGACACGGCAGAGCAAGUGGCUAAGUAUGCCGAAAUGGAUAAGAAAACCGACUUUUUGUUUGUUACAAAAGACACAGACAAGCAGGAGGUGGCCAAGUACCGGCACGAGGAUAACAACGAAGAUUCCGAUGAUGAUAUUCUCUAUGACGAGGUCGAAACAAUGGAGACGGCCGAUGCGUUGCAGUCCACCCGAGAAAUGCUCAACGAGGGACAGAAGUUCUCAUAUGUGGGUAUAGUCAAACUCAUAAUGGUGGAUAUGGCAGCUGAAUUAGCAGGUAUCAAGCAGUCCACCACAUCCAAAGUUGCCCGUCAGUUGAGUGCCAGCCAGAAGAACUUUGCCAACUGGUCCAUGUAUAUCUCUGGAAAGGUGUACUCCCAUUUGAAUGUUAAUGAGGACGAGCAGAAGAUGAUUGAGAAUUUAAGCAUCCAUGGAGUCAAUGUACUGGACUUGACGUCCAGUUUGGUCAAAGAAGACGAUAGGAAGCCGGGACCGUUGAGCCUUGACUGGGUGCUCGUGUGUGACUUGUUUCUACUUCUUUUGAGUGAUGGGUACUAUGAUAGUCGCAGUCGAGCGUUGCUCAUGCGGUUUGCCAAUGAAUUGGCAAUUGAAAAAAUAGAAGUGUUCCAGUUUGAGCGUAGGCUUCUAAAUAGCUUGGAGCUCGAGACAAAGGACAAAUCAUUGGAAGACAAAGAAGAUAAGCUCAAUGACAAACAAAUCAUCCAGAAGUAUAUAAAGCGGAACAAGGGCAGAAGAAUGGCAUAUAUUGGACUAGCUACCGUUGGAGGUACUUUGGCCAUUGGCCUUUCUGCCGGGCUCCUCGCUCCGGUUAUAGGUGCUGGUUUGGCUGCCGGGUUGACCACCGUAGGAAUCGGGGGUACCAGUGGGUUCCUUGCUGGUGUGGGAGGUACCACCAUCAUUACCACGGGAGGAGUUAUGCUUGGUGCGAAAGUUGGUUCCAAAGCUGGUAUGAGACGUGCAGGAGAUGUGGAAACGUUUGAAUUGAAGCCUUUACACAAUAACAAGCGAUCUAACCUCAUCAUCACCGUCAGUGGGUGGAUGACUGGUAAAUCCGAUGACGUACGGUUACCAUUCUCCACUGUCGACCCUGUAAUGGGAGAUUUGUUUUCGGUGCUUUGGGAACCAGAGAUGUUGAAAUCCAUGGGUCAAACCAUUCUGAUUUUGGCCUCUGAAGCGUUGACAAGCUCCAUCCAGCAGAUCCUAGGGGCCACGAUUUUGACGUCGUUGAUGGCAGCCAUUCAAAUUCCCGUGGCUUUAUCCAAACUUUCUUAUCUUGUUGAUAACCCAUGGAACGUUUCGUUGGACAGGGCCUGGAAGGCAGGCAAGAUCUUGGCCGAUACUUUAGUGUCGGGGAAUCUUGGCGUACGGCCCAUGACACUCGUAGGAUUCUCGUUGGGGUCUCGGGUGAUUUACUCGUGCUUGGUGGAAUUGGCACAAAAAGGGUGUUUUGGGUUGGUGGAAAACGUCAUAAUCUUAGGGACCCCUAUCACUAUCAAUAAAGACCAGCUUGGACUCGCCAGAUCUGUCGUGAGCGGGAAAUUCAUCAAUGGCUACUCGCGCAAAGACUGGGUUCUUGGGUACUUAUUCAGAGCAACUGGAGGAGGAUUGGCGUCGGUGGCAGGAAUUGCACCCAUCAACGACUCGUACGGAAUAGAGAACAUCGAUGUGACCGAGUUUGUGGAGGGUCAUAUGGCGUACAGAAAGGCCAUUCCCAAGAUUCUACAGGAGCUUCAAUGGGAAGUUCUUGACGAGGAGUUUGCCGAAAUCGAAGAACCAGAUAAUGAGGAAGGAGAACGUCAACGGCAGUUGAUUCACGAGUUCGACGAGGCCCGGGCCAAGAUGAAGAAGGAGAUCGAGGAUGAGCAAAAGGAACAAACGGAGAAGAAGGGAUGGAAGAAGUUUUUUUCAAGACGUCAAAACAACUGGUGGAGUGAUAUUGGUGAAUCUUCAGAUACCACUGGAGAAGAGUAUAUUGAGCAAGAAAACCCUACACCCAUUUUUGAUGUGGGCUCACUCUUGAAGGAGGCAAAGGAAAUCGAACAUCUUUCCAUUCCUGAUAAACUGCAACUCCCUCAGGAAGUUCCUAUCACCAAGCCAGUGCUGGAGCUGAAGUUGGAGCUGAAGCCGGAGCAGAAGCCGGUACUCACCAGUAUCUCUGAAACUGUAGCCCAAAAGUCCACGCAGCUCAAGCAUAAAGCCUCCGACAUGUUGCUGAAACCACUGGAAUCUUCUUUGGACAAAGCAUAAUUCUACCACAAAUAUACAUUUGCAUUUAA